AUUUUUCCCUUUUUUUUUUCUCAAUUAAGAAAAUGAAAAAAUUUGAUAAGCUCAUAUAAAAUCCAUUUGCCCCAAACUCAUUCUUCAUACACAAAAACCUUCACCUCAUAAUCAAAAUUCAAAGUUCAAACACAACCCUCAACCCAAUUUCGAGUAUUCUGGAAUUCUCCUUGCCGGAUUUGAGAUGGAUUCGUCAGGAAAAAUGGAUUCCGGCAGGUUCCCCGGCGGGAGGUCCAGCUUCUCACAGACCUGUGCCCUUCUGAGUCAGUACUUGAAGAUGAAUGGCAGCUUUGGCGAGCUCAGCCUCGCCCUCACUCCUAAAUCCUCCGAAUCUAAAGAGACUUUGAAUUUUCUGCCCAAUGUAGAGAAAUCGGGUCGGGUUCUGGAAAAGCAAACCGGCCAGAUGACUGUAUUUUACGCGGGUCGAGUCGCCGUGUUCGACGAUCUACCGGCCGACAGGGCCAUGGAGAUCAUGGCGCUCGCCGGAAAGUCCGGCAACUCUGCUCCGCCGCAAACGGCUCGCAGCACGGCGGAACUCGUCGCCGGCGCUGGGAAUAUUCUACUGGAGCGUGCUUCCCACGCUCCUCAACCGGGAUUCGCUUCGGAUUUACCGAUCGCAAGGAAAAGUUCAUUGGCUCGUUUUUUAGAGAAGAGAAGGGAUAGGGUCGCAGCAAACGCGCCGUACCAACUAACCAAACCGCGGGCCGCGUCACCUAAGACGUUUCUUUAAUUUUCUUUUUGUACUUAUUUUUCUUACAUUUUUAUUACAGAUAGUGGGAUCAAAUUGUUAAUUUCUUUUUUUUUUCCAGUCUUUCAUUUCGUUUGCUAUUUUUUUAAUUAUUGUUUUAAACUGAGAUUUGGAGUAUGUAAUUAUUAUUAUUAUACACGAGAUAAUAUGUGUGUUGAUAAUUUGCAGAUAUGUGAUAUAUCCAUUUGAUAAA